AUGUCUACUACAAUGACAGAAACACCCAAGACAACUAAGUUGGAGCUUCGCACCGCUUAUGGGCCUGUCUUUCGGGAUGUGCUUAGCACUCCGCCAAGAGACUGUACACCAGACGAGAUUCCAAUAAUCGACCUGAGUCCUCUUUACUCAGAUGAUUUGAAAGACCGUGUGGAACUUGCCAAAACCAUCAAAGUCGCAGCCGUCAAUACUGGUUUCUUUUAUAUCAAGAAUCAUGGGAUCAAAGAGGAAGUCAUUGCCGAUGCAAAGAAACAGCUCUUGUCGUUCUUCAAGCAGUCAACUGAAGAUAAAAUGAAAGUGACACAAAGUAAAUCCAAAUACUUUAACGGUUAUAAGGGUCCAAGAACCACUUUUAUCAGUCCUGGCGAGACAGUAGAUGUUAAAGAAACUUUGGGGUGGCGGUACUCCCCUCAAUACGACCCAAUUCCAAAACCGCUUGAUGCUAUACCAGAAGAAGUGAAGCCCUGGAUCAGGGGCGAAGACUUCGUCUGGGAAGGUACUUCACAUCUUCCUGGGUUCAAGGACGAGGUAUUGACAUACUGGGCGAGCUGCUUGACGUUGUCCCGAAAGCUUGUAAAGAUUUUCGCACUAAGCCUUGACUUGGAAGAGGACUACUUCGACAGCAGGACAACAUAUCCCGGUGCAGAUGGCGUGUUCAACUACUAUCCAACAACCACCGAAGAAGAAAAGGCCAAGAACACUGUUGGACUCGGAAGUCACACAGAUCUGCAAUUGUUCACUCUCCUCUGGCAGGAUAUGAUCGGAGGCUUGCAGGUAUUAAACAAAGAUGGCCAAUGGAUCAAGGCUGUACCUGUUGAAGGCACGAUCGUAGUCAACAUUGGUGACUUUAUGAUGAGACUUUGCAAUGACAAAUAUAAGAGCACUGUCCAUCGAGUGUUCAACACAUCGAACGUCGAGAGAGUAUCGAUGCCAUUUUUCUUCGGUCUUAACUUCAACUGUGUCGAGGGCGUUGUACCAACAUGCACCUCACCCGAAAACCCGCCAAAAUAUGAACCCAUGUCAUGUGGAGAUUGGUGUCAAUUGAGAUUCAAACUUGAAAGCGAUGAGUUCAAGAAGAAACACGGCAUUGCAGCCCAAGCGCCCAGUGCUCUGAUUGUUGCAGCAUGA